AUGAGCUUUCUCAGUGAACUAAUGAAACAGAAGCAUAAACUGAAAGAGACGGAGACUGUAGUGACGUGCGCGGACGGACAGAGGUUUGUGGAGAAAAGAGACAGCGAUAGUUAUGACAGGACCGCGUGUGCUAGCAAUAGUUAUGGCUUUGUGGUAGACACGAAGCCCGAUGAUGUUCCAGCUCAAGUCACAGAGUAUCUUUUCAUAGGCUCCCAAGAUUGUACGUCUACUACUGUACUAGAGAAAUAUAAAAUAAAACAUAUACUUAGUUUAGGCAUAAGUGUGGAAGCCAAAGAUGUCGACUGCAAGUUUGUCCAGUGUUUAGAUUUGCCUGAGACUGACAUAAGGCCGGUGCUAUUGGAUAGUUUACCAUUUAUUCAUAAAGCUGUAGAAAGCAGAGAGAAUAUCCUAGUUCAUUGCAAUGCCGGUGUCUCUAGAACGGCCAUGGUGGCUAUCGGCUACCUCAUGCAAUAUGCGAACAUGGAAUUUGUUGAAGCUUACAAUCUAGUGAAGUCUAAACGGCCAGCUGUUCAACCCAAUACUGGCUUCAGAAAACAGCUUAGCUCUAUGAAACCUGGUAAUGUUAUGUUAACUUAGAAUUAUGUAAGUAGAUGAAUUAAAAUACAGAUUUGUAUAAACAGAAUAUAAUUUAUUCAAUAAACAUUAUUGAUUUUAAGUACAAGCGCCCAAAUCCAGUAAAUUAUUGUUUUAAAGCAGCUGCCAUAAUGUUACUGCGUUUAUUACCCAGCCUUUAAGUUAUACUUGAAGCACUGAUAUUUUAAAUUGACUGACUUUCGUGUAGAAGCCACAAUACGGUCCAUUUGAAUAUUUAACAAAUGUACGGUGGAAGAUUAAAAAUUCACAGAAAAGUCAGCCAAGUUUAAAAUACGUAGUAAAGUUACUCUAGGAUAUUUAUAUCAAAAAGUUCAAGUUUAGCACCAAAUUCAUAACUUCUUUUUACAAUAUAAAAUUACAUUAAUUGAACGUUUUAAACUUAACAAUGUGUAAAAAUUUAUAAAUAUGAUUAUCUUCCUGUACAUUAUUAAAAACAUUGAAGCAAUUCAUUCAAAACUUAUUUACAAUUGAAAACAGGUACAAACUACUGUAACAUAUCAAACUUUUGUUAAAAACUAAUCAUUUGUAUGAAACCUUAUAACCAAUCAAACAUUUAACUUCUGUGAUACAAAAUUAUUGAACCCCUACCGGACCUCAAUCUCGAUUUUAUAUCAGUUCCGCUACGCCAUAACUAACCCUACUGCAACGCAAUAGAGUAGUGAUUAGUGUACCAGGGCCAGUGAAUCUGGUGAGGAAACCAGAUGUAAUGUAUUUUAAGUAAUUCUAGAUUGUACCACAGAAGGAAAAUCUGUUUGGUACUUCUAAAAAUAAACUAACCUAAUGGACGCCACAUGAUUUAACAACUAAACUAACAAAUACUUUUAUAUGUAACAGAAGAAGGCCCUAACAUAACUCGAUAACAAAGAAAUAAAGAAUUUGGUUUUCCAAUGAA